UUGUUUCUUGUUUCGUUUAAUUGUUGUUUCCGUUCAAAUUAUGUUUAAUCUGUAUAAAAAUGUACACUAUAUGCAUAAUAUAGUCGAAAUUAUGCUGAUAGUGAAGUUAUUUGUUGAAAUGUAGUUCUGCGGUUAAAGUAUUUUGAGCAAUAAGUACACAGAAAUUAAAAAUGUGCGAAGACCAAGAAAAAAAUGUUGUGAUUAAUAUAUUAUAUUUAUACUACAGAUAGACAAAACAUACUUUAUAUUAGUUUUGCUUAUCUAACGCAGCGUUACAGUUCAGUCGAAUUUUUCACUCGGAGUUGAAGCAUUUGAAAAAAUGCUGCUUAAAAUAAUUACCAUAAUUUUCGUUUUGAAUUUAUUCAGUUCGAUAGCAAAAAGUGUUGAAAAUACGCAGUUCAAUGAAACUAAAACAAUUGUAGAACUAAAAAAAAAGUUUGAUAUAUUAAGAUUGGAGAACACAAGUUUGUGGGACAAGAUUGAUGAUCUUACUAAAAAGCUUUGUCAAGCUGGUUUUUCAAGCAGCUGUGUUAAGGAAACUACUAAUCAAAAUUCGGAGAUCGGAAAAGCGCGAAAGAUAGUUGAUGAUCUCACGAUCAAGCUUCGUGAACGUGUUGAUGGAAGAUUAUAUGCACGCAACUGUGCUGAGGCAACUGCUGUCUUUAACCAUAGCGGAAUCUUUGAGUUAAUGAUUCCAACCUAUGGCAGACUUCCCUUUAAGGCAGCCUGCGAUGCGGAGACUAGAGACGGCAAUUGGACGAUCAUUUUACGGCGCAUGGAUGGAACUGUUAAUUUCAAACGCAAUUGGAUCGAAUACAAGAAGGGUUUUGGAGAUGUGAGCGGAGAGUUCUUUCUGGGUCUAGACAACAUCCACGACAUGACUACAGAUCAGAAGCAGGAGCUAAUGGUAAUCCUCGAAGACUUCAAGGGAGAAGUCCGCUAUGAGUUAUAUUCAGAGUUUGCAAUAGGCAGCGAAUUGGAUGCAUAUAACUUGCAUACGAUGGGAGAAGCAACUGGAACUGCUGGAGAUUCUCUUACACAUCAUCGCAAUCACAAAUUUAGUACUUUUGAUCGGGAUAAUGAUGACGACCCAAAGAAUUGUGCCGAAUUAUAUACUGGGGCUUGGUGGCACGUUGCUUGUCAUCAUUGUCAAUUGACGGGUACAUAUAAUAAUACGUUAAGUGGCAUGGGAAUAAAUUGGCUUCAUUUCCAUGGUCAUCUCUAUUCGUUAAAGAGCGCUCUGAUGAUGAUAAGACCGACUAUGUAAUUCCUUGAAUCUCGGAAGUCAGUAAACACUUUUUGUUUUAAGUACUACAAAAUAUACUAACAACUAAACAUAUAUUUUAUAUUAA